UUGUCCUUUUACUUAGGGUUUUUUUCUCAUUCGUAAAAAUCAACCUAGAGGCAGCAGAGACAUCGUAGUACCGUACGGCUCCUCACCUUCGCAGGAGUCUUCUCCAUCACCGAUCAUCCACGCCAUUGUUCGCCAACACCGUCGUCAAUAGUUCCUGCACAAUCAAGAUGGAGAAAGAAAAAAAUAUUUGUACUAAAAGUGAUGUAGCAGUACCACGAGGUAAAGCAAUAUGGAAUUCUGAGAGUGUGAAUUUUUUCUUGGAAUUCUGUAUCAAAGAGGUUGAUGAUGGGCAUCGUCCUACUACUUAUUUAGAUAAAAUUGGGUAUCAAAACUUGAUUACAAAUAUGAAAAAAGCAACUGAAAGAGAUUACACUAGAGCCCAGCUGAAAAAUAAGUGGGAUGGAUUGAAAAAUGAAUGGAAGCUUUGGAAGCAACUCAAGGGAAAAGAAACUGGUUUAGGAUGGAGUAUGCAAAAAAAUACAAUUGAUGCAACUGAAGAUUGGUGGAAUAGUAAAUUACAGACUCAUCCUGAUGCUGCAAAGUUUCGCAUUCGGGGAAUUGAACCAGAAGUAGAGGAAAAAUUAGAUAAGAUUUUUAUGAACACUGUUGCUACAGGAGAGCAUGCUUGGACACCUUCAUCUGGAAUAAUUCCACACAGUGCGAAAAGCCUUUUAAUGAUACUGAAACCUUACAUGAACAACUUGAGAGUAGUGAUGAUGAUCUAG